AAACACGCUUUAUGCGGUAGCUUUCAAAGUUGAAAUUCGCAGUGUACGGACGUGCUUACAAACCGAAUACGUCAUAGUAUCGUUCUUUCUCUUUUUGUUGGUCUCGCACAGCUGCCUCUGGCCAGUAGUCAGUACGUCGGAGGCAUCGUAGGUAGGUAGGUGUACGGGUUGUUAUCGGCGUCGGAAGCGGUCGGAAGAGUUCUUGUUUACGAUACGUCACUAAUAAGAAUCAAACAAGUGUGUGAUUACGUUUAACAUUAAGCCUAACGUUUGUUACCGUGAUCGUAUAUUAUAUUAUAUACAUAGUUGUGGUGACUGCUGCCUUAUGUAAAACGGGGAGCGGUUGCUAUUAGGGAGUGAAGUGCGUGUGUCACGGUUGGUUGCCAGUGGUUCAGUGUCUCCUGUGUUAUCGUCAGCAGCAGAACAGAGGUCGCCGACUGCCUGAUGGAGAGCCGUGUGCUGCGGGAGUGGCCGGCUGGUCGCGAUGUGUGACGUCCGAGGGUUCCGGCACCACGGCGGCGAGCGACACGGACCCGCAGGCGGCUGCGGCGGCGCGGACGGCUCGAGCUCCGGCAUGGAGUGCCUGCAGCUGCGGUCUCCGCCAGGCCAGUUCAACUACCUCAUCUCCGAGCAGGCUAAAUCACUCGUUGCUCUACAGGAACUUCAGAAUGAGGUCGGCGCUCUACUCGAGUUUCGAGAUCUCGUCAUCGAGACAUUUCCAAACCUGCGCUCCAAGAUGGCACCUUCGACCCCGGCCAGUGGGGCGCGGCGAGACUGGGAGCCUGGCGUCAGAGUGCGGCGGAAGCUGGCGGGAGGCGGCGGGGACUCUUCGCGGACCAAGCCCCAACCCUCCGUCCAGGACUCAGGCUUCAGCACGGAGACCUCCUGCGGGAAGGACGCGCAUUCCUCCGCCUCGGCUUCCACGUCUGCCUCGAGGUCUCGCCCCAUCGAAGACGACUUGUGGGCUUUACUCGAUGUCAUCCAACGUAAAGGUAUCAGAUUACGCGAAGAAGCGGAAUCGCUGCGAGGCGAGCUGGACGAGAGGCAUUCAAAGACUACGGAAGAAUCUUUCGCUCGAGUGUUGUCGUCUGGGUGCGGAGACUGUACGGACGUAGCGCUUCUGCGUUGCGAGCGCGACGCCUUAUUAGCGCACACCGCACACCUGGAGGCAUUAGCAGCUGCUCGUCAGUCUUCUCCGGCGCAGAGUCCGCUGGGAAGGCUGGAUAGCAUCCUCCAGACACCGCAGCGGCCGCCGCCACUGUCCUCGACCGACUCCAAGAAGUUCGCGGCGAUUCUACAGGAGAGCAAUCCCGUCGAACUUCAAAGACAACUGCUCGUCUUGACCGUUCAGAAUAGGGUUUUAAGUGAAAAGCUGAAGCGAGAAACGGAACAGUGUAGUUCGCUGAUAGACGAACUUGAACGUAGCAGGAAAGAAAACGAAGACCUCGAGUUUAGAUUGGCAGAGAAAAGCGUGGACUUGGAGAGCGCGAAGUCGAGACUAAAACAGUUGGAAGGUAAAUGUGGUAGCAACGAAAGUUUAGACCGGCGCGACCAUCUCAGCAUGAGGGACAUGGAGCCACUGCAGAUGCCGGACGAGCCCAGGAUCGCGGAGACCCCGCGCAAGAAGCCCAGCCGGAUCCCCUUGCACACGUCGCACAAGGGCGCGGCGCCCCGCCCCCCCCUGGGCGCGGGCCCGAGGCCUCAGUCCGCUCACAGCGCCCGCUCGCUGCGCUCCUCCGCCUCGGGCAGGAGCCGCUCGUCCCGGGACCAGCUCGACAGCUCCCACUCCAGCAAGGACAAGGCCCCCGUCCCGCGACAACCGACCGAUAGCAAGAAUAUAGGGGCUCGCACGGGACUGGAGGACUCGCUCAACAUGGACCAGAAGAAACUGGAGACCGGGGCGAGACUGGUCGUGGAGUACCUCACGAGGACCGACCGCCUGGCGCCGCUGUUCCCUCGCCUGCACACCGUCAGGAGCAGGCCACUGCCCGACGACCUGCUACAAGACUGCAGACUGGCCUACGAGAACCCACAGAAUCUAGCUCUCGAACUUUCCAAGUCGAUUCUGUACGAGGACGCGGACUCCAUCGAUCUGAACACGCUGAGGUCGUCGAGCGGCGACUCGCUGUGGCACGGGAGGCCGCAGCAAUACUUCGAGAGUAUGAAGUACGCGGCCAGCGACACCCACGCCGGCGGCGGGGACGAGAACCAAUUCGAGGACGAUUCGCUCGCGUCGUAACUCAAAAACUUAACGGUGGUUUUGUAAUAUUUGUAUUUUGAAUAAUAGAUCAUAGACAAAAAUGUAUGAAUCUAAUCGAUUUCCGAUUUGAACAGUUUCUAUGCAUUUGCAAAGACUUAAACAUUGUACAUGUGUUUGUGGAGGAUUGAAACUAUUUCCAUCAUCACUUUAAUUUAUGAACGGCACUCGGCAGCUGUUAUAAGAUUAAUAUAAUAUUCAUAUUCCUGUAUAUAAUUAUUAUAUCUGUGAUAAUCACAUAAUAUUGCUUUUUCGAAUUUUACGAAACAAGUUAAUUAUUGCUAUAGCAUUCAUUGGAUUAUUAAACAUUUCCAUAAAAAUAAAUCAAUUAGAGAAGAGUUGUAGAUGAAAUUUAUUGGUAAUUUAUUAUUGCAGUCAGGGGCCGGGCCAGCCAUUAGUUACGUUGUACGAUUUUACAAGGACGGGGGAAGAGGAGAUGGCCCCCCCCCCCCUCCCGUCACACAAUGUGUGACAACACCCUUAACGUGUGACGUAAUUUAUGGACGGCCCCCUUACUUAUAAAUGACUAUUAUUAUUAUCAUUCCUAAGCCUGUUUAGGGCUAGACUGUGUGGUAAUGAGUUGAGUCGAGUGAGAGGUUGGUACGACUGGGGCAAGGCUGUGAAAAGGUUACUGUGGCGCACUUUAUUGACUUAUUAUACGUGAUGAUACGAGUUGUGACCCGCAGCCACGUGCGGUAUGUGUUGAGUACAGACAACCAUUAUAUUUGUAGACAAUUUGAAGGACGUAGGGCCCGACGCUGAUGUCUAUAGUGUACUUAGACUUUACUUACGUAACACUUGGCUGAGUGUAAGCUUAGCAUAGUCAUUGCUUUCGUUUUUAUAGUCAUUUGGCAGCUGAAGUUAUACUGAGCUUAAGUUACGACAGCCCAAUGCAAAAAUGGAGUUCGCGAGUUACUUAAGCCAAUGCUAAUCGUUUGAACUAAUUUCGAGAGUAUCGAUUUAUUGGUAUUAGAACGAUGACGCCCUUAUUAUUGGGUAUUAAAAUGUUCUACAAAUCCAAAUGGUCGUCUUUACUGUCCGCGCCAAAACGUAAGCGUUCUUAAGUGGGCGCACUUUUCUAUCGUUAUUCCAACACAAUCCAUAUCUGAUUCCCGCAUUAUUAUGCCCAUCCGAUAAUUCCUUAAGUUUUUUACCUUACGUAAAUAAAAGAAGAUAUAACCUGCUACGUUAAGAAAUAAGAAUAACACUAAGUAUAAAAAAUUUUACGGUAUUUAAAAAAUACAUUUUUUUUAAUAAAUAGUUUUUUUAUACCGUCAAUCCAUACUGGGAUAUGUUUGGUUUUGGGGAGUGCGCGGCACCUACCACACCGUAUAUAUAUAUCUUGUAACGGUUUUAAAUUUGACUUUCUCGUGUAACGCUUAAAUCUGACGCUUAGAAGCGCUAGAGAGCCCACGUCCAUAUUAAAGCAUCACUUCACACACGUUAUAAUUGAACUUUACCAUUUAGCAUGACAAGAUGAGAGGCGUGUUUUAUUUUAAAGUUGUUUGUCUAUGUUCACUAAAAGUGACACUUUAUUUGCGGACCUUAAGUAGCAAAUGUUCGCCAUUUUAAAACGCUUGUGUAUUCGCGCGAGUUUUAUUAUAAGCCCGUGAGUUGCGGGGAGUAUUAGUGUUAGUUGGGGUCACGUCGUAGUAUGAUCGUGUUCUUACCUAAUUUAUAUUAAUGUUAUUGUUACUGUCCAAUCGUCCAGUGCCGAACGUCCUAUACCUUAUAUUAUAUACUACUACUAGCUAUUCACGCACUAUCUCUGAGAGUACGUGCUAUGGAGGCCUAUAUAAUUAUGCUCGGUUACAAAUAGUAGGAGACUGAUUUUGUAUAAAGACAUAGAAUAUGUUUAACACUGUUAAUGUGUAAAUGAGCUCUGUAUAGUAGUAAAUGUUUUAAUGUAAUUGUAUGCCUAUCUUGUUUGCGUUAGUAUAACGGCUAGUUGUCGUAAGUAAUAUUCCACUUUCACUAGGGAACUACCUAUAAAUUAUAUUAGUAACUAAAUAUUAUUUAAAAAGUCGACAAUGUAUUGUUGUACCUACAACUAUGAUCGCGCAGCUUAGGUUAAGAUGUAAAUGGAACCUUCUGUCCCUUCCUAAUGUUAAGAUACUCAUAAAUAUCUAUUUGAACUUUGUAAAGUUGUACAGAAAUCAUAUCAUUAUAUACAAAAACUUAAUAAAAUGUUCAUAUCA